AUGGCGAUGACACUGUUGGAAGACUGGUGCAGAGGGAUGGAUGUGAAUUCCCAGAGAGCCCUGCUGGUCUGGGGGAUCCCGGUGAACUGCGAUGAGGCUGAAAUCGAAGAGACCCUCCAGGCUGCGAUGCCCCAGGUGCACUAUCGAGUGCUUGGGAGAAUGUUCUGGAGGGAAGAGAAUGCCAAAGCAGCCUUGUUAGAGCUCACUGGAACUGUGGAUUACGCUGCCAUCCCUAGGGAGAUGCCGGGUAAAGGAGGGGUCUGGAAAGUAGUCUUUAAGCCUCCGACUUCCGACGCUGAAUUUCUAGAAAGGUUGCAUCUCUUCCUAGCCCGAGAGGGAUGGACUGUGCAAGAUGUUGCCCGUGUCCUUGGGUUUGAGAACCCCGCUCCGGCCCCAGGCCCAGAUAUGCCAGCAGAGAUGCUAAACUAUAUUUUGGAUAAUGUUAUUAAGCCUCUUAUAGAAUCCAUAUGGUACAAGAAGCUGACGUUGUUCUCGGGGAGGGACAUCCCGGGGCCUGGGGAGGAGACAUUUGAGCCCUGGCUGGAGCACGCUAAUGAGGUCAUUGAGGAGUGGCAGGUGUCUGAUAUAGAAAAGAGGCGGCGGUUGAUGGAGAGUCUUCGAGGCCCUGCCGCUGAUGUCAUCCGCAUCCUCAAGACCAACAACCCAGAUAUUACCACCGCCGAAUGCCUGAAGGCGCUUGAGCAGGUGUUUGGAAGCGUGGAGAGCUCCAGGGAUGUGCAGGUCAGAUUUCUGAACACUUACCAGAACCCGGGAGAAAAAUUAUCUGCUUAUGUCAUUCGUCUGGAGCCUCUGCUGCAGAAAGUGGUGGAGAAGGGAGCCAUAGAUAAAGAUAACGUGAACCAAGCCCGCCUGGAACAAGUCAUUGCCGGGGCCAACCACAGCGGAGCCAUCCGAAGGCAGCUAUGGCUGACUGGGGCUGCGGAAGGGCCGGCCCCUAACCUCUUCCAGUUGCUUGUGCAGAUCCGUGAGGAGGAGGCCAAGGAAGAGGAGGAGGCGGCUGAAGCCGCCCUCUUGCAGUUAGGCCUGGAGGGGCACUUCUGA